AUGCAAAGUGCUUUAGUGGGCUCUUGGCACAGCAAUGGCUUCUACGGGCACUACCAAGGGCAGUUCAGGAGUGAAGGUACUCAAGAGUACCGCCUAGCAGCCAGGCCCCAGCCGCUGGUGGUGUUCCUGCAGCGGUGUCAGGAAUCAGCGCAGCAGCACUUGUUCUCCAAAAUGCAUGACAACGGCACGUCCUUUGACAGGGGCCCCUGCUGUCUGCUGCAGGGCAUCGGCAGGCGGAAAGACCUGGAGCACCUCUGGGAGUGACGCACCUUCCUGCACUGGGCACCCUGUGAGCUGGAGCCGCACCAGCAGUGGCCCCUGGAAUCCUCCUACCAGGCUGACUUCAGCUCAGGCCCAGGACUCGGUGGCUUCCCCCAGCGCCUCGUCCACUUUGUGCGAAUCCAGGCUCCCUGUGCCAGCACCACCUACCAGCAGAACUUCUGCCAGCCAUCCCGGGGUGACCACUGUGGCAGUGACGAUGCCCUGGCCACCAACACACUGCCUGACCUCCCGGGGACCCCAGGGCCUCAGCUGCUGCAUUACCUUCACGCAGGGGUCUCUGAGUGUCUUAACUGGUCCAGAGCAUUAAACAAGAAUGGCUGACCCCAAGGCCUAUCUGUGCUUGCAGCCCUUGGGUCUCGGAGGCUGGGGCAGUAGGGCCCCAAAGGCCACGCCUGGCUCCCUGCUGCUCUCCCUGCCUGCGUGAUGGGUGGGUGGGGAGGUGCUGUCCUGGUGAGGCCACCACAGGUGGGCCCCAGACGAGUCCAUGCUCGUAGCAAACGGGCUGUGAGCCCCAGUGCUGAGUGUUGGCACGGAAGCAGCAUCUACGGCCCCAGGAGUGGGCAGCAGAGGCUGGGGCGCGGCAAGGGCUGACAGCCUCUAGGGCACUGGUGGGCGUCACACUGUCCUGCCUGAGAGACAGCUCCCCUCAGCUGGGGCCGAGGGAGACUGUCCCGGCCACAGCCCACACCGGCCACCGCCCUGCCCGUGGACGCAAACACGGGCUUUGAGGAGAUGCUCGUGACAUGGACUUGAGGACAUCCUGACCCCGCAGCAUCCUGCUGUAGUUUCCUGAGCUCUCCUCUGGUCACCUAGGACGGGGGCGAUGGCU